UUGACAAGGCGAAAGCUUAGCUGGCUGGCCAUCUAAUAUAGGUCCACUUGGCUGCCUGUGCUUCGGUCUGGCCCUGUUGACGUUUAAAAAAUAAUUAUCUGAAUUUGCUUUAAAACGUUCAUAAUGCCAACAAUUAAACUGCAAAGUUCAGAUGGAGAGAUCUUUGAGGUGGAUGUGGAAAUAGCAAAGCAGUCUGUGACAAUAAAGACAAUGCUGGAAGAUUUGGGUAUGGAUGAUGAAGGAGAUGAUGAUCCAGUCCCCCUCCCGAAUGUGAAUGCGGCUAUCCUCAAGAAGGUUAUCCAGUGGUGCACCCACCACAAAGAUGAUCCCCCUCCCCCCGAGGAUGACGAGAACAAGGAGAAAAGGACGGAUGACAUACCCGUCUGGGACCAGGAGUUCCUCAAAGUGGACCAAGGGACCCUCUUCGAACUUAUUCUAGCUGCAAACUAUUUAGACAUCAAAGGACUGCUAGAUGUCACCUGCAAGACGGUGGCCAACAUGAUCAAAGGAAAGACCCCAGAGGAGAUCAGGAAGACGUUCAACAUCAAAAAUGACUUCACAGAGGAAGAGGAAGCCCAGGUACGCAAGGAGAACCAGUGGUGUGAAGAGAAAUAGAGGAGGAGUCUUCCAACACUAACACACUGAAAGGAAUGUUCUAGUAAUUGGUUGCACUGCGUUGUUCAUACUUGUUAAUAUUACAUUUAGUCUAUUAGAGUGACAGACCUCCCCCCGUGUACUCAUAGCAUGACCAUUUCCAUUGCUUGUAUGGUGCGAAAUAAUAAAAAUAGCUAUUUCAUGUUUUUA